AUGGCUGCUUGGCUGCCUCCCCGUUCCGUCCUUGCCGAUGCAGACGUGACCUUCACUGAUUACGGUUGGCUGCUCUACCUCGUGGUUCCUGGCUACGCCGGCUGGAAGGUGGUGAAGUUUGUGAUGGACUAUGUCUUCACUCCCACAGAUCAGGAGAUGGCAGAAAACGACCCGGAGUACAAGAAGCGGAUGGAGAAGAAGGAGAAGAAAGCCGAACGGCAAAAGUUCAAGGUUGUCAAGCACUGA